UGUUCUGUUCCGCUUUUAUCUCAAGCUUGAGGUCGACUCACUGGAACAAUAAUUAACUCGAGGCUGAGCACAGAGAGGGUUAAAGGGCAUUUUCAUCACAUUCGCUGGCUACUGUCUGGGGAGAGGACGCCCGUCUGCAAACCAGCUGAUUCUACACCCUUUAGCAAUGGAUCAGUUUGUGGGUUCGACUCCGAGAGACACUUUGGAGCGAGUGUCCGCCUUGUUAGGCCACAGCCCCACAUCUGCACAGGUGGCCUCGUACCUCGACGAGCACGACGAACUGCGGCAUCUCAGGGAGGAAUUCCUGGUGCCCAAAGUAGCAGAUUUGCCGACCUCUGAUCUGUCGCUGGCGGACGGCACCAAGGACUGCGUCUACUUUGCGGGAAACUCGUUGGGACUUCAGCCCAGAAGGGUCAAGAAGUACCUGGACGAGGAGCUGGACAAGUGGGCCAAGACGGGCGUUCAUGGCCACACAGAGGGCUCUCGACCCUGGGCUUGGGCUGAAAACAACAUGGAGGACCUCAUGGCUAAUAUUGUUGGAGCCAAAUCUGAAGAAGUGGCUUUGAUGAACGGCCUGACUGUGAACUUACACCUUCUCCUGCUUUCCUUCUACAAACCAACAGCCACUCGGCACAAAAUCCUCCUAGAAGACAAAGCCUUUCCUUCAGAUCACUAUGCGGUGGAGUCUCAGAUCCGGCUUCGGGGACUGGACCCCAAGGACAGCAUGUUACUGCUGUCGCCCAGACCAGGGGAAGAGACCCUGAGAACGGAGGACAUCCUGGAGGUGGUGGAGAAGGAGGGCGAGGCCAUCGCCGUGGUGAUGCUCAGCGGUGUUCAGUACUACACGGGCCAGCUGUUCAACAUGGAGGCCAUCACUGCUGCCGGCCACAGCAAGGGCUGCUACGUUGCUUUCGAUUGCGCCCACGCCGCGGGAAACGCCGAGCUCCGGCUGCACGACUGGGGAGUGGACUUCGCCUGCUGGUGCUCCUACAAGUAUCUGAACUCAGGCGCUGGUGGCAUCGCUGCGGCGUUCAUCCAUGAGAGACACAGCCACACCGUCAAACCAGCGUUGCUGGGCUGGUGGGGACAUGACCUGAAAACACGCUUCCAGAUGAGUAACGUGAUGGAGCUGCAGCCUGGUGUGAGCGGCUUCAGGCUGUCGAACCAGCCCAUCCUGCUGGUCUGUCCUCUCCAGGCCAGUUUAGAGGUGUUUAACAUGACCAGCAUGCAGGCCCUGCGCAGGAAGUCCCUCCUGCUGACAGGUUACCUGGAGUACCUGAUCCAGCAUUACUACACCGAGGACCCCGCUCAGCCACACAAGCCUCACGUCCGCGUCAUCACGCCGUCUGACCCCCUGCAGAGAGGAUGCCAGCUCUCGCUCCGCUUCUCCGUCCCCAUCGGGAAGGUGUUCCACGAGCUGGAGAAAAGGGGCGUGGCUUGUGACAUGAGGGAGCCCAGUGUGCUGCGAGUCGCCCCCGUGCCUCUCUACAACUCCUUCAGUGAUGUUUAUCGCUUCAUAGAGACGCUGGGAAUGGCCCUUACUGCAUCCAGACAAUGAACCAGACUGGGAUUAUUCUGUUAAUAAAUCCACAGGCUGCUGCAACUUUAAGUUACAGGAGAAGUUUGGCUCUCAAGCUUUAGUCCCGUUUAAAAAAGGGGUUUGUCAAUGAUAUUUUACACCAUGACAAUCAAGGUCACCACAACCUUCAUGUACCAUUCAGUAUAUUGUCAAAAAAAUUUAACUAAUCAAAAGCAGAAUUAUUAAUCACAUAGGCAACUCUUUCAGAUAAAUUGUCAAAAACAACUUUAUUCAAAAUUAUCUACAAAACGAAUUCAGCUGCACUGAAACAGAUGUAAAUCAUGGAAGUUCUAACCUCUGGGGAAACCCUGUUCUGGGCUUCAACAAAUGAAUAGCGAGAAAAGCUUUAUUAGUCCAACAGUGGGGAACCUGCACAAAGAAACUGGAACUAGAAAAGAACAUUAAAUGGUCAGAACAGAUACAAGGUAAGUAGCAAACAAACAAGGAAGGAGUCCAGUGAUUGACGUAAUCGAUCCAGGAAGUGAAUGCCCCAGUGGGCGUGGCCAAGCAGCUCAACAGACAGAGGGGAAAACAAACAUCCAAGCAGGAGCAGACCACGUUGCCCUGGUGACCCCCUCCACCCCAUGUCCCUCAGUCAAGUGAGAAGCUCACAGCAUGAGAGUGACAAAUAACACGGUUUAGUGGGGAAUAGAUAAAAAAAGGAGGCAACCCUCCCUUGCGCCCCCCUCACCCUGCUGCCCAUUAUACACAUGACUUAGCUGACAGUCCUCCCCUCACCAAUUAACACCUACUUUAUUAUUAUGUUGACUUCUCCCUAAUGUUCUUUCAUGUGUUUAUGCAUUAUUACCUUGACGGAUGCCCAUUCCACCAUUAGAUGUAAUUGGCAUAUCAAUAUGCAAAACCUAAAUAAAUUAACCUUCUUUAAAACUAAUGAGCAUUUGGAUGCCCAGCUGGAAAAAGAGACCAGAAUUACCAUUUGUCAUGUUUCUGCAGUGAUGUGAGAAUAAAUAAUUGAAGAGAGGCUGGGCAUUGUCUUUCUUUAGGCUACUGGUGACUGUCCUGAUAAAGAAGGGACGCUGUCUUAAUGAUGACGGUGGUCUUCAUGAUUUCUGAGAAACAGUUCUAUAAUACUAAAUGAAUCUCAGAAAUAGAAAAAAUAUUAUCUGUUUGAUCAAGAUAUAUUUAAACUAAAGUAUUUGGUAAGGAAAAAUUUCAAAUCAGUUUUAAAAAGGGAACAAGGAACAGACAAAGUAUGUUAUAUUUUAAAGAUUAAACAUACUUCAUCUCUUCCUGUUGUAACCGUUCAAAAUAAGGCUGAAUUGAUUUGUAAACUUUAUAAGACUAAAAUCCUUUGAAUCAAAAUAUUAAAAAACAGCAAAUAUAUUGGACAGCUGUGGCUCCAGAAGUAGAGCUGACGCCCACUGAUCAUAGGAUCGGUUGUUUGAUCCCUGACUCCCCCGGUCAUGUGCCAAAGUGUCCUUGGGCAAGACACUGAACCCCAAGUUUCCCCCGGUGUGUCAGCUUAAGCUGCAUUAAAGCCCUGCCGCUGGUGUGUGAAUGUGAAUGCAAAGCAGUGUUAAGGAGCUUUGAGUACCUGUAUGAUUUAGUUUGAUAACGCACCAAAGAUCACAGUACAGUAUGUCAUUGUUCUGGCCCUGCUAGUGCGAACAGCUGCUUCCUAGCUCCUCCAAUAAAUCCAGCAGCACACAAA